AUGCUUCUUCUUCUGCUUCUAUUGCUGGCAGUUUUCUUCCAAGGUGGUGACAAUGAGGAUGCCUUCCAGGGGCCGACCACCUUCUCCGUCAUCCAGAUUUCAUCCUUUGCCAACAGCACCUGGGCACAAAAUCAAGGCUCAGGCUGGCUGGAUGAUUUGCAGAUUCAUGGUUGGGAUAGUGACUCAGGCACUGCUAUUUUCCUGAAGCCGUGGUCCAAAGGCAACUUCAGUGAUGAAGAGAUUACUAUACUGGAGGACAUAUUUCGAGUCUACUUCAUUGAAUUGACUCGGGAAGUACAGAACUUUGCCAGUCAAUUCCAGUUGCAGUAUCCAUUUGUGAUUCAGGGCAGAGCAGGCUGUGAGCUGCAUUCUGGGGAGGCUCCAGUAAGUUUCUUGAGGGGAGCUCUAGGAGGACUGGAUUUCCUGAGCAUCCAGAAUCAUUCAUGUAUACCUGCCCCAGAGGGUGGCUGGAGGGCAAAGACGUUUUGUACACUAAUCAGUCAGUACCAAGGGAUCCGUGAUAUUGUGGAGAAACUCCUCUACGGAGACUGCCCAAGAUUUCUCUUGAGUGUUCUUGAUGCAGGGAAAACCGAUCUACAGAGACAAGAGAAGCCUGAAGCCUGGCUGUCCAUUGGUCCUGCUCCUGGUCCUGGCCAUCUGCUGCUGGUUUGCCAUGUAUCAGGAUUCUACCCAAAGCCUGUGUGGGUGACAUGGAUGCGGGGGGAGCAAGAGCAUCCGGGCACUCUUCGAGGUGAUGUCCUGCCCAAUGCUGAUGGGACCUGGUAUCUCCAAGUAACCCUGGAUGUGAUGGCUGAGGAGGCAACUGGCCUGUCUUGCCGAGUAAAGCAUAGCAGUCUAGGUGGCCAGGACAUCAUCCUCUAUUGGGGACAACCCAUCUCCAUUGGCUUGAUCUGUUUGGCAAUAAUAGUGCCCUCAUUGAUCCUUUUGGCAGGCCUUGCUUUAUGGUUUAAGAGGCGCUGGUCAUAUCAUGAUAUUCUGUGA